AUGGCAUUAGAGGAGACCCAAAACAAUGGGUCCGCCGUGGCGGUAGCACCGAAGGAAAAUGUCCCACCACCACUCAAGCAACAGCCACCGCAAGGUCAAGCGCAGGUACAACCGACAUCGACAUCGAAUGAAAAGCUGAAUAAUAUCGUCAACGGUGGUGGGGCGACGAUGGAAAAGUCACGAUCCAACAACAAACAGAACGACACAAACACAGCGUUCCUGCGGGCCGCCAGGGCAGGAGAUCUUCAAAAGCUGAUAGAGUACCUCGAAACCGGUCAGGUGACCGACAUCAACACGUGCAAUACGAACGGUCUCAACGCACUACAUCUUGCGGCAAAAGAUGGUCACUACGACAUCGUAAAUGAGCUGCUGAAACGUGGUGCCCUCGUCGAUAAUGCCACUAAGAAAGGUAAUACUGCGCUACACAUCGCCUCGUUGGCAGGCCAAAAGGAGAUCAUUCAGCUGCUCCUGCAGUUUAACGCAUCGGUGAACGUGCAGUCUCAGAAUGGAUUCACACCGCUCUACAUGGCCGCACAAGAAAACCAUGAUGAGUGUGUAAAUUAUCUGCUUGCCAAGGGUGCUAAUCCAGCGUUGGCUACUGAGGACGGCUUUACGCCUCUGGCAGUGGCGAUGCAACAAGGUCACGACAAAGUAGUAGCGGUACUGCUUGAAAGCGAUACGCGCGGAAAGGUUCGAUUACCAGCACUACAUAUAGCAGCCAAGAAGGAUGACGUAAAAGCUGCAAAGCUGUUGCUAGAAAACGAACACAAUCCGGAUGUUUCUUCAAAGAGUGGCUUCACUCCGCUUCACAUUGCUGCUCACUAUGGCAAUGUAAACGUCGCUCAAUUGCUGAUCGAGAAAGGUGCCGACGUAAACUUUACUGCAAAGCACAACAUCACACCGCUACACGUAGCAUGCAAAUGGGGAAAGCUGAACAUGGUGAAGCUACUGAUCGCAAACCAUGGUCGUAUUGACAGCAUCACACGUGAUGGGCUUACUCCACUACACUGUGCCGCCCGUUCAGGCCACGAUCAAGUGAUAGAAGUAUUGUUAGAGCAUGGUGCGGAGAUCAUUUCCAAAACCAAAAACGGACUUGCCCCGCUGCAUAUGGCGGCUCAGGGUGAACACGUUAGUGCAGCUCGCAUUUUACUAAUGAACAAAUCGCCAGUUGAUGACAUUACGAUCGACUAUCUGACAGCGCUCCACGUUGCCGCCCACUGUGGACACGUAAAGGUGGCAAAGCUGCUACUCGAUCGAAAUGCCGAUCCGAAUGCACGAGCACUGAACGGCUUUACACCGUUGCACAUUGCCUGCAAGAAAAAUCGAAUUAAGGUAGUGGAGCUUCUGCUAAACCAUGGUGCCACAAUUGGAGCUACUACGGAGAGCGGCCUGACGCCAUUGCAUGUGGCUAGCUUUAUGGGAUGCAUGAACAUUGUCAUAUAUCUUCUGCAGCACGAUGCCAGUCCGGAUAUUCCGACUGUGCGGGGCGAAACUCCACUUCAUCUGGCAGCACGUGCCAAGCAGACAGAUAUAAUACGUAUUCUACUACGAAACGGUGCAUACGUAAACGCGCAGGCACGUGAAGAUCAGACACCGCUACACGUCGCAUCUCGCAUCGGUAAUAUGGAAAUUGUGAUGUUACUUUUGCAACACGGUGCAAAGAUCGAUGCCGUUACGAAAGAUAACUACACUCCGUUGCAUAUAGCGGCAAAGGAGGGCCAAGAUGAGGUGGCAGCACUGUUACUGGACAACGAAGCUAAUGUCGAAGCGGUCACAAAGAAGGGUUUCACACCUUUGCAUUUGGCCGCCAAGUACGGGAAUCUAAAGUGUGCUGAAUUGUUGCUUGAACGGGGUGCCCAAGUGGAUGUGCAGGGUAAGAACGGUGUGACCCCACUACACGUUGCUAGUCACUACGAUCACCAAAAAGUAGCGCUUCUGCUUCUUGAGAAGGGUGCGUCGCCGUACUCACCAGCAAAGAACGGCCAUACACCGCUGCACAUUGCGUCAAAGAAAAAUCAACUAAACAUUGCAACGACUCUACUGGAAUACAAGGCGGAUGCCAACGCGGAAAGCAAAACCGGCUUCACACCCCUUCAUCUAUCAGCCCAGGAAGGUCACGGUGAUAUGGCCCGUACCCUUCUGAAUAAUGGUGCAGAUCCUAACCAUGCCGCUAAGAAUGGUUUGACACCGUUGCAUCUGUGCGCACAAGAAGACAAUGUAGGCAUCGCAGAAACGUUAUUGGAACAUAAGGCUCGCAUUGACCCGGUGACAAAGACAGGCUUUACUCCGCUUCACGUAGCCGCUCAUUUUGGCCAAGCUGGAAUGGUGAAGUACUUGAUCGAAAAUGAUGCAAACAUCGAGAUGAAGACCAACAUUGGACACACGCCACUGCAUCAGGCUGCACAGCAGGGACAUACGCUCAUCAUCAAUAUUUUGCUGAAGAACAAAGCUAACCCAGAAGCCGUAACUAACGGUGGCCAGACGGCGCUGUCGAUCGCGGAUAAGCUGGGCUAUAUUACUGUGGUUGAGACGCUGAAAGUGGUCACCGAAACUAGCGUCACACAGACGGUUGAUGAAAAGUUUAAAAUCGUUGGACCGGAAACUAUCCACGAGACGUUCCUGUCGGACUCUGAAGAUGAGGGGCCCGAAGGAGGCACACCGCCCCCACCUAGUGCUAUGAAAGCCCUAAUGCAAGCGCAGCAAUUGUAUGGCGGUAGUGGUGCUAUCAAGUACUAUCAAUCGCAAAUGCGUUACACACGUGAAGAUCCAAUCAUGUCCGACCAGCAGCAGUAUAACUACAUGACAAGCGACGAAAAUAAACAGUUUGACGACACUAAUCUCACCAACAUGAGCAUCGAUCCAUUAAAGGAUGAUAAGUAUCUGGAAAAAAUCAUUUCCCGUGCGGAGAACUACACAGUCUCGGCUGUAGAUCGGUCCCAUACACCUAAUCCGCUGGACAUCACCGUCACUGAUAAUGUCAACAUCACCCGAAAGCCGAUCCACGUUGGGUCGCUAAGCAACGAUGCACUGUCGUUGACAAUCGAUCGAUUGGCCAACAUUUAUUGUGGUGAUCAGAAAAAGUUUGUCCCGAUGUGUAGGGAAAGAUUUCUGGUGUCAUUCCUGGUUGAUGCACGGGGCGGUGCCAUGCGUGGCUGCCGCCACAGCGGUGUUCGUGUGAUCGUACCACCUCGUUCUGCCGCACAGCCAACAAGAAUUACCUGUCGAUAUGUAAAACCACAGCGCAUCACCAACGGACCACCCUUGAUGGAAGGAGAGGCUCUGAUAAGCCGAAUUCUUGAACUGGCCCCUGUUGGCGCCAAAUUCCUUGGUCCCGUCAUUCUUGAGGUGCCACAUUUUGCCUCACUGCGCGAUAAGGAACGUGAAAUUAUUAUUCUACGUUCCGAUAAUGGAGAAACUUGGCGCGAACACACACUCUACGAUAGUGAAGAAGCCAUUCAUGAAGUUCUGAACGAGACAUUCAAGGGGGAUACGCUGAACUUGCUCGAGGAUUUGCACACGAAUAGGAUUACACGUAUCGUGACCAAUGAUUUCCCGCAUUACUUUGCGAUUGUGUCGCGUAUUCGUCAGGAGGUUCAUGCCAUCGGACCGGAAGGCGGUACCGUGUCAGCUACGGCUGUGCCACAAGUACAGGCCAUUUUCCCGCAGAACGCACUCACGAAGAAAAUCCGUGUCGGUCUGCAGGCGCAACCGAUUGACAUGAAUACUACGGCCAACUUGCUAGGUCGUAGUGUGGCGGUUUCACCAGUAGUGACGGUGGAACCGCGUCGGCGCAAGUUCCACAAGGCAAUUACGCUCAGUAUGCCCGCACCGAAGGCUUACAAUUCGGGUAUGAUCAACCAGUAUUCGGGCAACGCCCCCACGUUGCGUUUGCUAUGCUCGAUCACAGGUGGUCAGAACAAAGCUGUUUGGGAAGAUGUGACCGGUUCGACGCCUCUUACGUUUGUGAACGAUUGCGUGUCCUUCACGACGACAGUGUCGGCCCGCUUCUGGCUGAUGGAUUGCCGCAACAUUGGUGAAGCAACGAAAAUGGCUACCGAGUUGUACUCGCAGAUGGCACACGUACCCUUCAUGGUGAAGUUCGUCGUGUUUGCGAAGCGUGUAGACCAAAGCGAAGCAAAAUUGAGCGUUUUCUGUAUGACGGAUGACAAGGAGGACAAAACGCUGGAACAUCAAGAACACUUUACGGAGAUUGCAAAGUCCCGCGACAUCGAGGUAUGUGAGGGACGCACAAUUUAUCUAGAAUUUGCUGGCAACAUCGUACCGGUGAUGAAAUCUGGAGAACAGCUUUCACUGCAGUUCAAUGCAUUUAAAGAAAAUCGUCUCACGUUCACGGUCAAGAUCAAAAACAGCCUGGACGAUCUGCUUGGACGCAUCUCGUUCAUGAACGAUCCCAAAGUUGCCAAGGGUGAGCCAAUUCAAACCCCACUCUGCACGCUUAACUUUACACUUCCGUCAGAAAAGUUUGGUCUUGGAGGGGAUGAGCUGGAGACAACCUCGGAAUUCGAUCAGAGCUCGACCGAGGUUCUGAACAGCGAACAGCAGGCUAUUGUCGGUGCUGCCAACCGUGGUAAAACGCUCAACUUUACCUUCCAAAAUGGAGAUGGUGCCAACGAAAUUCAUAAGGCCGAUAUUAAGAUCACAGACAUAUGCAAUCUGCUCGGAUCGGAUUGGCCGCUGUUAGCGGAUGAGCUUGCGAUCGCACCGUCAGACGUGGAGUUGAUACAAGCAGAAUACCCGAACGACGAAGCACAACAAGCAGUCGUAAUGUUGCGACUCUGGUUGCGCCAAGCCGGAAGGGAUGCGACCGGUAAUGUGCUCGAGCAAGCGCUUAUCAAAAUCAAUCGGCCUGACAUCGUAAACAAAUCGAUUACGAACUUGGAACCGGUGACAGACGAGUAUGAACGACGCGUUGCUCAACGGCAAAUCGGUUCGAUGAACGGGCUUGAUGAGAUCGAUCCAGCAAAGGUGAAUGGUUUGACUACGGCAAGCAGCACAAUGCACGAAUCUGAGCACGAGCAAACCGAAGAAAAGCAAGAACAUGAAGCAGUCGAAAAGCACAAACAAACACCGGCGGACAACAGUUCACCAACGGAUUCCGUAUCGCCAGAUACGACCGAAGCGUUCCAGCAGAUUCGCCGCGAAAGCGAAAUCCAUGGAAUAGCAGCGAUAAAAAAGGAAGAUCUAUCCACGCCACCGCCCAGUCCGGCCGAUUUUAAUACGCAAGUCAGCCAGAACAGCAGUCAGGCGAGUGCCGAUGAGGGACGAAACGAUGCAGUAGCCGAGGAUGUGCAAGAAAUUAUUCAGCAAGCCAUCAAAGAUCAUGACACCCAUGACGAUGACGAAGAAGAGGAAGCCGGGCCGGUGGCGGUCGAUACAGUUGGCAGCGAUUCGGCAGUCAGCGACCGUGAGGAAGAUUCCGAAGGAUUUGAACUGGAUCUGGAAACGGACAAAAGUGGUAAAGUUAAGACGAUAAAGAAACACUCGAAGGUGAACAUUAAAAUCAAUAAAACCGUCGCCCAACGUCCUACGGUCGGGGACAUCGAGUGGGAAGUGCCAGAACCGGAUGCAAGGCAACCACAAAUAGAGAUUUCAUCCGUAAACCUGGAGGACGUCUCGAACGAUCGGCGGUACAGUUUGGAUCACAUUGAUCCCGUUGCCGAAGGACUAACGCUCGGUGCUCGCACAUAUGAAAAAUCUCUCUCGACCCCGGGCGAAACGGAGCAGAAAAAAUCCGAACAAAUUGUUAUCAUUUCGUCCGAUAAUAACAUCUCCGAAGUGCCAGCAGACUAUUCCGGUGACAUCGACGAGUUUAUUUUCGUGCAAACAUCGCCGGAAAAUUUUGCCAAGAUGGAGAAAGAGCAGGCCACUGGUGGGGUGGUAACAGAUGAGGAUGAUAACAGCAAUUUGGUCAUCAUCACGGAGGAACACUACGAUUACGAAUUGACGAGCGACGAUGAUCGACGAUCGUCCAGUAUGCUGGAAGACCCAUCUCCGCCAGAAGAAAAAGAUCUUGAAGGAUAUACAGUUGCUCAGUCAUCCUCGGACGCUGGAGCAAAUGCCCAGAAGCGCUUCAUUGUCGGUGGAAGUAGUAGUUCGGAGAGUGAAGAAGAUCCACAACAGCGGCGCCGAGACCGUGAUCAACCCGGAUCGACCACGAUCGUAAGACGCACGUUGCGAACGAAAACGAUCCCGACCGGGCUUACGAUUACCGAGGACGAAUCGGUCGUCUUGAAGGAUAACCUGCCCAAUACCAGUACCAGCCCAGCGAUAACUGUCUGCCAGCCAACACCGCCACCGGCGCAGCCACCCUCCAGCAGUACCAGCAACAACUUCUCUAUCCGCACAGGACCGGGAUCAUCGAGUGGAUCAGACGUUGCCCUGCACGAAACGGCAGGCGAACUAAGCGAUGACGAUGAAACAGGUAAAGUCAACAUCAACCAGCACGUGGCCGGUGUUAACCCGGAAACGGACACUGCUCUAUCUGAGGAUUUACACCCUUCACCCACCGUUACGUCCUCGCGUGUGUCGGUGAUCGUAACCCAAGUAUCCAACGAUCUGAUCGAUGACGAAAAGCCUCCGCAGUUAGCGGAGGACAUGUUGGUCGAUCUUUCUGUGCACGGUGAAGACGGUGGUGAAGAUGAAGCGAACGAAUCUGACAUCGACAAUACUGAAAUUCAUGGUGGUGGUGAUGGUGGUGGCUCUGUACUGGUUCAAAUGGGAACGGGCCCAGCAGAAGGCAGUACAGAAAUUAAAAACUAUCUUGUUCAUAAUAACGACCAACUGGCAGGUAUGGAGCCAAAUGAACCACCAGUCGGAACGGCUGUUCUAACAAAUAAUGGAUCCACCCGUAUACAGACAAAUACUAUCGUGGAUGAAUCAGAUGAUGGAACCGUUCGUACUACGGUGUUCUCCACAACGAUGAGAUUCGACGUUCCCGAAGACAUGAAAGACCAGAUAUUGAAGGAGUUACGCGACCAAGAAUUAACGGGGAAUCAACAGCAGCGAGAGUUGCAACAGUCAGUUCAAAUAGACCAGCUGUUGAGUAACCCACUAAUUACGUUGGAUCCGGACACGGGUGCCUCAACAACACGAACGACAACGACUACUAAAACAAUCACACUCACACCGGAUGGCGAUUUCCCGGAGGAUGAGUUGCUGCAGAAGAUCACAACGGUAACGACGCACACUUCUCAACAAAACGUACCAGAAAUGAUCAAGGAAACGACCGUCACCGUAACGGAAAUGGUGGACGGGCGAACACUAGACGGUGUCGCCAAGGAACUCAACAAUAAGGUGGAUGAGUUCAUGAACCAGGAGCGAAAAAAUUAAGCUAGAACUAUAAUAAUUGUAACCAGACAACAUUCGGGAUGGGGAGCAAAAUUAUUGAAGUUUGCGUGUGUGUGUGUGUGUUCACCGAAGUCAUCAUACUCUUAAACGUUACAUUUAAGAGUUGUGCAAGCAACAGUCGGUUUGAAUGAGGUUUUCAUUAUGAGAGGCGCUUACAAGUGGCGAUUUGCGCACAAGCUAUCAUAUGCAUCUUGUGGAUUGAUGUAUUUCAUACAGUCUUUACAAACACUUGAAUCCCUAUCAAUGCUCGCCCUAACAGGGAGUUGCUUUCGGUUAACAGAAACAAGAACUUUUCCAGUGCCUGGUUAUGUUUUUCUUUAGUGUUGUGGAGUGCAAAGACAACGAAAGCAAUGCUAGAAAAUGUGUUGAAUGAUUUUGGUUGAAUUACUGCAUUGCUGUUUCUUAGCUAUCGGUUAUAAAACCCAACCAACGUUGCCCAUUGGUCGCCCCUAGACUCCAUUCAACUCUUUCUACAAGAAAUAAGAGUUGUAAAAUCGCAAUCAUAUAUACACUGGUCCCGUAAUACUUUUACCGCCCUAUGCUUAUGGACGAUUGUUCCAUUUACAGCGUCGUUUUGAAACAUUACUAGGGAGGAGAGCAUAAGCGAGUUUUAAUAGCAAAAUAUCAUUCGACACAGAAGAAGUAAAAGCGAAAAAUCACAAACAUUGCAUUAUAUUUCUGCUUCUGGGAAAAACGAAUCCGACGUGAUGGAUAUUGGUAAACACAAGGUACGUUUACCAAGCACUGUGAAGAUUAAAUCAGAUAAACAUUAAUGGAAUUAAGCUUAUCGUACAAAAUGUCAUGCAAUAUAAGUGAGAAAUGCUAUAUAGAAUGUCGCUAUAUUUAGUGUAAUGCGUCGGAAAGCUGCAAACAUCAUGAAACUGCAAAAUCCUAGUUAGUUGUGCACACAAAGAUUCAGAACAAACCCCGUAACCCUCGGAAACCUAGGUGGUUAUACAUAAAUAUAUUUAUCGUAGAUUUAAGGCACAGAAAAGCGCAGUUUGAACACAUAAUGCAAACGAGAUGUAUUAGCUUUACCCAUACGAAAGGUUAGAACAUAGCUCUUGAAUCGAGCAUACAGUUGAGACCGACCGACAUAGGCCAGAUGAAAAGGAGAACGGUACCUAUCUGGACAUGGAUUGGCAUUUAUUUAAGCAAACAUUCGGAUAAUUGGAACCAAUUCAAGCACUACUACUCGCGUAGCAUGAUCUGAUACCGAACUAUAGGAUCCCCUCCAUAGUUGUUAGGAACAAUUGAAAAGCUUCUCGCGAAACUAUUUAUGGAUAAAUGAUGCUAGCGGAAUGAUUGAUGGAGAUGAUGCUAGCACACAAAAACACACUCACAUUUUAUCGCUUUCGCUUAUUGUUCACACCCGUGAAAAAGCAGACAGUGUACUCCCGAGGACAGGACACUGCUUUGAGCAAACGUUUGAUUUAUAGAAUUUCGGACUAAAGAUCAGCGUGUAAUGUGAAACGUACACGUAUACAUCAGAUAAUUUUUAUAAAGAUUUUUUUCUUUUUAAUGAUUAUUAUAUUUAUUAUGCGUGCAGAUUUAGGCUUAUAGCGUUGAUAAUGUAAUUUGUUUUGCAACAUUAGUGUUUGUAUUUUUAUUGCUACCACCCUCUUUCCGUCUAAUCCUAUUUUACCAGUGAUUUCAAAUUAGUAGGAAAAGGGUGAACGAAUCAUGUUUUUGAACUGUACUGUUCAUUUUAUUACGUGUAAAGAUCGUACGAUUUAAGAUUUCUGUUGCGUUCUAUUUUUUAUUGUGUAAUUGAUUGCUGGCUUCUAAAGAAAACACACAGCACUAUGCAAAGGUUUUGCACUGUUUGGCAGCUAGAAAUAUGGUUCAUCGAUAUCUGGAGUGUAAUGAUUAGUUUGUAAUCCGAUUAAACUAUUUAUUAAAAUACUGCGAAAUAAUAGUUCAAAAGUGUUUGCUUUCCAUUGUUCUGUUGGCUGAAUGUAAAAGGAGGUCGUGUGCCGCUCUGGGGAAAAGAUUUUGCAUUGCAUGUGUAAUUAAAAAAAACAAAUGGAUCAAACAAAUCCGAAACAAGAACAAAAGAGAGUAAAAUUUAUUGAUAAUAAUGAAGGAAAAAUAAGAAAUCAAAACAAAGAACGAUGGAAGCACGAUACUAUAUUUUUUACUUGUGUAUAGAGUUUAUUUACAAACGAUUGCAGUAAAUGCGUGAACAUAAAAGCAAAUGAAAAAAGAAAAAGUUUAAAGGAAUAAUUCACUGCACUUGGAUUGAUCGUGCGAUCAUACGCAAUGUUGUGUGCUAACUAGCCAGUAACCAACCCUUUCUCUAACUAUUCACGAAGAGAAGAGUAUGCACGCUACGCCACAUAUAAAGGCAAUAUGAGCAUCGGGGCACUUCGAAAGUGUACAAUGGAUACCGGUCGAUUGUUGUAUGCUACCGUAUGCUUGCCACAUCCAUUCUUGUAUUUUCAAAAUAUCAUUUCAACGCAGCAAAUACAAAAAAUAACUUUGUGACCUAAACACACGAACUCAUGGUUAAGAAAUAUAUUCAAUCGAUCACAGACUUAGAUC